CGGCUCUCUCUUUACUCCACUGCUAUUUACGUGUUGAUUUCUCCUGCUUCCAUCGAAUUUGAUCCAUUCUUUAUCUCUCUUCCAAUUUCGACAACUCCCCUUGAAUUUUUUUCUCUGUCCGUUUUCUCUUUUUCUUGUGUCAAUCCUUCUUCAUCAUCAUCAUGUGCGGAAUACUUGCAGUUCUGGGUUGUUCUGAUGAUUCCCAGGCCAAAAGGGUCCGAGUUCUAGAGCUCUCUCGCAGGUUGAAGCAUCGUGGCCCUGACUGGAGUGGGCUAUACCAACAUGGAGAUUGUUAUUUAGCUCAUCAGCGGCUAGCAAUCAUCGAUCCAGCUUCUGGUGAUCAGCCUCUAUAUAAUGAAAACCAAGCCAUUGUUGUGACGGUGAAUGGAGAAAUUUAUAACCAUGAGGAGUUGAGGAAGAGCCUGCCAAAUCACAAGUUCAGGACCGGGAGCGAUUGCGAUGUCAUUGCCCAUUUGUACGAGGAGCAUGGGGAAAAUUUUGUGGACAUGUUGGAUGGAAUGUUCUCAUUUGUCCUGCUGGAUACCCGUGAUGAUAGCUUCAUUGUUGCCCGAGAUGCCAUCGGAAUCACCUCCCUCUAUAUUGGUUGGGGACUUGAUGGCUCGGUAUGGAUUUCAUCUGAGCUCAAAGGUUUGAAUGAUGACUGUGAACAUUUUGAGAGCUUUCCACCUGGUCACAUGUACUCUAGCAAAGAGGGUGGAUUCAGAAGAUGGUAUAACCCCCCUUGGUUCUCUGAGGCUAUUCCAUCGGCACCAUAUGACCCUCUUGUUCUGAGGCGAGCUUUUGAGAAUGCUGUGAUCAAGAGGUUAAUGACCGAUGUUCCUUUUGGGGUUCUGCUGUCAGGAGGUCUGGAUUCAUCCUUAGUUGCCUCUAUUACCGCUCGCCACUUAGCAGGCACAAAGGCUGCUAAGCAAUGGGGAGCACAGCUCCAUUCCUUCUGUGUUGGGCUAGAGGGCUCACCGGAUCUGAAGGCUGCAAAAGAAGUUGCAGACUAUUUGGGCACCGUUCACCACGAGUUUCACUUUACCGUUCAGGAUGGUAUCGAUGCCAUUGAGGAUGUUAUUUACCAUGUUGAAACUUAUGAUGUGACAACGAUCCGAGCAAGUACCCCUAUGUUUCUCAUGUCGCGUAAGAUUAAGUCACUAGGAGUGAAGAUGGUGAUAUCCGGAGAGGGCUCUGAUGAGAUUUUUGGUGGGUACUUAUACUUUCACAAGGCGCCCAACAAGGAAGAGUUCCAUAGGGAAACAUGUCGCAAGAUAAAGGCACUCUACCAGUAUGAUUGCUUGAGAGCUAAUAAAUCAACAUCUGCAUGGGGUUUGGAAGCCCGGGUCCCCUUUUUAGACAAGGAAUUCAUUAAAGUUGCAAUGGAUAUUGACCCUGAGUGGAAGAUGAUAAAGCCAGAACAAGGGCGAAUUGAGAAAUGGGUUCUCAGGAGGGCUUUUGAUGAUGAGGAACAACCCUAUCUGCCAAAGCAUAUUCUCUACAGGCAAAAAGAGCAAUUCAGUGAUGGUGUCGGUUACAGUUGGAUUGAUGGGCUCAAAGCCCAUGCGUCACAACAUGUGACCGAUAAAAUGAUGCUCAAUGCUUCACAUAUCUUCCCACACAAUACCCCUACCACAAAAGAAGCCUACUAUUACCGAAUGAUCUUUGAGAGGUUCUUCCCACAGAACUCAGCUAGGCUGACUGUUCCGGGAGGAGCAAGCGUUGCAUGCAGCACUGCCAAAGCAGUUGAAUGGGAUUCUGAGUGGUCAAAUAACCUUGAUCCUUCUGGCAGGGCGGCAUUAGGAGUCCAUCUUUCAGCUUAUGACCAGAAGUUAACCACAGUCAGUGCUGCAAAUGUGCCAACAAAGAUCAUUGAUAAUAUGCCGCGGAUUAUGGAAGUAACCGCACCCUGACUCACCCUUGGAAGGACAAUUCUAUGCAUGGAUUCCAGGGUAUAAUAUAUUUAUAAACUUUAGGCGCAAACGUAGAAGUGGGAAGGCAUUCUAUAUGGUAGUCCAUGAAUCUUUUGAUAUCAGACAGUAUUUUCUAGUUUAAGUACAAGGUUGUAAGCUUUCCUUCUCUGUUGUUGUACAUGGUUUUGAAGUGUGUUUUCAGUAUCUUGUGGUGGUUUAAAAACUAGUUUGUGAAGCUUCCCUCUGUUACACAAUUCACUCAAAAUGGUAUACUUCAUGUUA